UAGCACAUCUUUGUGCUGAGGAUGAGCCAAGGAGGCGACCCUCCAUUGUGAAGGUGGUGAAUAUCCUUGAUGAAAUUCUUACCUUGUCAAAGCAAGCAACUUAUCGCAGAUCGCUACCGUCACCUGUGAAUUCCAGUAUGUUCAUGACAUUGCCUGUCGCCCGAUAGCACUCUUAGCCUGUAUGUCCAUCUACUCAGUGUUUGUCUUUCAUAUCUGCUCAUUCGUUACGUCUUUGGAUUCAUUGGAAAAGGAGGGUUUCCAGAGUCAUGUAAGGACAUGCAAGCAUCAGCUUCGUGUUUGUACUACUGCAAGCCAUGUUAUUGGUCUGUGGAUUGAUCGCUAGUUUGUCAGGUAGUUGGUCAGCCAGUUGCUUGGUUGGUUGGAUGGUUGGAUGGUUGGUUGGUUGGUUGGUUGGUUAGUUGGUUUGGUUGGUUGGUUAGUUGGUGUGUUGGUUAGGUUGGUUAGGUUUGUCACCUUGGUCCAUAUGUUCAUUCCUUGGGCCAUCACUUGGUUGGUUGGUUGGUUGGUUGUAUGGUUGUAUGGUUGGUUAGUUGGUUAGUUGGUUAGUUGGUUAGUUGGUUUGGUUGGUUGGUUAGGUUGGUUACCUUGGUUACCUUGGUUACCUUUGUUCGCUUGUUCAUUCCUUGGGCCAUCAUUUGGUCGGAUGGUGGGAUGGUUGGACGGUUGGAUGGUUGGUUAGUUGGUUAGUUGGUUAGUUGGUUUGGUUGGUUGGUUAGGUUGGUUACCUUGAGUUACCUUGGUUCAUUCCUUGGGCCAUCAGUUGUUUUUUGCCUGUUUGUCUAUGUUUUUUGUUCUGUUCCAUUUGUUUGUCUCUUCUUGAACUCUGUUGUUUGUUUGGUAUUCAUUCGGGCGCUUGUUUCCCUACUUGCUUGUUUGCUUGGUGGGCAAUUCAUUCGUGCAUUUGGUUGUUCCGGUUGGUUGGUUAGUUCAUUCAUUUUUUGGUGGUUCGUUUGUUCAUUAGCUGCCAUCAUUUGAGUAUUUUUUUUUGUAACAAAGCACAGUGUGGGAGGGAAAAGCUCUUUUGUCUCUUGUUUCUGCAAUACCUACCUAUGUUGUAAAUAUAGAGGGCCUCUCUACUAGGUGUCUGUAUGCCCGCCUGUCCAUCUGUCUGUCUGCCUGCCUGCCUCCCUGCCUGCCUGUCUGUCUGUCUGUCUCUGUCUGUCUGUCUGUCUCUGUCUCUGUCUCUGUCUCCGUCUCCGUCUCCGUCUCUGCCUCUGUCUUUGUCCCUGUCUUGUUUCUGUUUGUCUAUCUCUGCCUAUGUGUCGUACUGUCUGUCAGUCCGCGUGUAGCACUCCCAAUGUCUGUCGGUCAGUCAGUCCGCGUGUAGCACUACCAGUGUAAUACUGGCAGACGCAGAGGUGGGUUAGUGGUUACGAAGAAGCAGUGGUUAUGUGCAUUUUCGUGCACGAGUUUACUUUCUCUGUUGUCUUUCAGGCUAUCAAAGUUCCUUCUUAUUGGGUGCAACAAGGUUGAUUACAGUGCUGUUUGCUCAGCAUAGCUUGUCAGGUCUAGGUUUUUCAAAGUGAUUCUCUAGCUUUUCGGAAGUGCUUUUUUCGUUUUUCUUCUUUACCUCCAGAAUUAGUUGAUGGCUUCUUAACAAAUGAUGAAGCAAGGCCACAUUGUACCACAGCUGUGUUAGAGGUGUAAGAAACUACUCCAUGCAAGACUGAGAGGGAAGAAGGAAAGAGUUAUCGUGCACCCUCUGGGAAGAAUCUGGGAGGGAGAAACGAAGCAUUCUUAUUCCUGAUGUGGAAACAAUGGGAGGUAAGCAGGGUGCAGAGUCCCUAGAUUGUAUUCUACAGAAGAUGAAAGAGUCACAGUAAGGCAGCAAGACACUGUUGCCGCUUCAAAGUUCCUGGCGAGGGAGGUGUAUUCGUGCCUAUGGGCCUAUGGCAAGGACCAACUUAAUCCAGCGGGUUUACUCUAGGCACAAAGGCCAACUUAAUCCAGUGGGUUUACGGAACCCCUGUGGUAGGCCUGUGAUGAUCUACCUGAAUGACUGCUCAUAUGCAGAUACAGGUCACUCAUUGGUCAUGCAUCUGAACAGUGCAGUCAGGGCUGCCUGGGAUUUCCCACCCUAACCAGACUGGUCCGACCUACCUGGACUGGCCCACUCAUCCAGUUUUCUCGCUGCGAACUGAUGGCGACAAGCAGAUGUGGAAUUAUGCCCUUCGCAUCAGUGUGCGUAUCAAGUAGCUCUUUCCAAAGAAUUAUGACGUCCCAAUGGACCACAUCAGGAUAGGUUUGCUCGUAGAUGUGCAAAGAGGUGCAGCAGGUAGCUCUGCCCAGAAAACUAUGGAGUCCAAAUGGCUGACAUCAGGACAAGUGGCUGAUUGACGUGAAAUGAGGUGCAGCUUCCUUUCUGGGUCCCACGAGCUCUUGGAAGGAAACGCCUGAGUAGGGAGGUGAAGAACAGGGGUAUCCGACACCAAGCGCAUCCAGUGUGCUUGUUAAGAAUGGCGAAGCUGAUCCUCAGACAAGAACCAGUCCCUAUUCAAUUCUGCCCGAGUGUUCAAGAGUCUUUGUUGUCGACAACAUCCCUGCAGAAUGCUUGCCACUGGUGUGAGGAGGUGGAUUGAAAGUAAGUUCACCGUUUGUGGUCAGCUGAGGUGUUCUCUCUCUUUGACAGUCGUAAAUGCAUGAGAAGACUGGACUGCAGUCGUUGUGGAACUGUAUAUCUCUAUAGCGGGCAUUAUACCCUUUUUUUGUGAUUGCCUGUGGUUGAAAUGUGGAAGAACCAGCAUAUGUGUACACCAGCAGCUAGGUAGGUACCAGAUAAUAGGGCCGAAGAACUGGAAAGUAGGUAGCUGUGUGAUCCACAAAAGAGAUGCUAGCAUGAAUCUCUGGUAGUAACUGUAGUUUUGCUGAUGCUAAUGAUCAGCAUGGCAAAGAGGCAUGCGGUGGUAGUCUUGCUUUUUUCUUGUUGUCCCCGUACAUAUCCCUGCUUGGUAUGUUUUCCAGGUUUUGUCUUUUUUUGACUGCUUUCUCUGUAUGCUCAAGGCAUCGCACUUCCAGGCCUAUGUUUCAAAGCAUCAUGAUCCAGAUUUAACCGAGUAACUUCACCACAUCCUUAUCCUGCUGUGGAUUAUGGUGCCCAAAGUUGGCUAAGAGGGGGCUUGUUGGAUUACUUCCCCUGCACCUCCUACUCCUCUUCUUCUUCAUCGUCCUUCUUCUUCUCCUCCUACUACUCCUGCUCCUCCCUGCUGCCUCCUCCUCCUUUCUUCUUCUCCUAGCCCCUUGACAAGUCCUGGAGUGCAGCCAGACGAAACGCCUCCCGGAAUGUGUGUGAGCUUGUUUAUGUCUAAGCAGGUGGAAUGAAGAUUAACGACUGUAUGCUUGGACAAAUAACGAUUGGCCUCGCUAUUCACUAUUCCUCCUCCUCCUCCUCCUCCUCCUCCUUCUUCGUCUUCUUCUUCGUCUUCAUCUUCCGAAUGGACUGCUUGAGCAAGCAGCAAAGCAAUGAUGCAGUGAGGCACAAGGCAGCACUGAUGGAGCAGCCAAACUACGAGGCAAACAGGUACACAGAGAGGGAAGACAAGGCACGGUAUGCGUAUAGGCAGCUAGGGAACAGUGCAGCAAAGCACAAGGCAAUGCAAACGAAGCGUGCAAACUACACAACAGACAAGCACAUUGCACGGAAAGACCGCACAGCACACAAGCUAAGUACGCGGAAAGGCAAGGCGUGCAAAUGUGCAGAAAGACAACUGCUCAGCGGAGCACAAGGCAAUACCAACACAGCAGCCAAACUAGCCGCAAGCACACCAGCUGCAAGGAAUGGUAUGCGAAGCAUGAUGGGCAGUGUCCAUUGUGAUCUGUAGUCACACAAACAAUUUAUUGUCAUCUCCUCGAUAUCCCUAUCUGAGAAACGGAUAGGUUUUGUUGAACAUGAAUCGUGGAUAACAAAGGUCUUAUUAAUGC